UUAAGCGAUUUCGUCCUACAAAUAGCCGAGUUCAAUUUAUCUAAAAACGAUUUUUUUGCAACUUUUGUUACGAUUAUUUGUAAAUUGAACGUGUUUAACUGUUAUUGGGGUUUUUAAAAGGGGCCCUUGGUUUUAACAUCGCGAUGGCACGUUUAGUGGAGCCGAUAAAAUUGAGUCAGCUGACUCAAGAAGGAUUUGAAUUUCAAACCGAUACAAGUUACGUUGAAAAUUCUGAUUCCGAUGAGGAAACUCCUGAUGUGUUAGAAAAGAAAAUUCAAAAUAGCAAUAAGGAAUGUAUUGGGAUUUUUGAUGAAGAGGUCUAUCAACAAGAUGAACCGUUUGAAAUAAUAGCUAAGAAAAUGGAAAAUCUUGUAGCAGAUGGGAAAAUCAAGAAACGGGUUUUACGGGAAGGUAAUGGUGAAAAACCAGAAGUGUAUUCAAAAGUUAAAAUCAACUACAAUGCAUAUCUCGAAUAUGAUGAAAAUCCUUUUGAUUCGACUUAUAUUCGUAAUAAACCUCUCAAAUUCACCAUUAGUAAUGGAAAAGUUCUACCAGGACUUGAUUUUGCGGUAAAAACAAUGACACUCAAUGAAAAAUCUCAAUUUUUAAUUCAUCCUGAUUAUGCUUACGGUAAAAGUUGUUUAAUUAAGGGUGUCCCUCCUAACUCCACUAUUCUUUUCGAAAUUGAAUUAAUUGAUGUUGUUAAUUGCGGAGCUGCUGUUACUUAUGAAACACUACCUGAAGAACAACAGGGCACAUUUACUGAAGUUUACAAAUACUGCAUUGCGCUUUGUGAACAAGGUAAAAAAUCAUUUAAAGAACACGAUUAUAAAAACGCGAUCAAAAAUUAUAACAUAGCCGCUACGAAACUUGAAAAAACUGUUGUGAAAGGAAAAGAUGAAAAUGAGAGUCGAAUGGAACUAUUAUUGAAGUUGUACACGAAUUUGUUGAUUUGUUACACACGCUCUCGUGAAGUUAGAAAGGGGUGUUUUAAUGCGAAAAAAAUCAACGAUUUGACUGAAAAUGGACGAUUGAUGAAGAUUCCUGCUAAGGUUUAUUUUAAUCAUGCCAAGUGUUUACGCAUUUUGUGUGAUUAUGACGAAGCCAAAGAAGUUUUAAAUAAGGCAUAUAAAAUGGAACCGAAGAAUCCAGAAAUCGCCAAUGAAAUGUUGAAUUUAAAUAACGAUAGGACGGAACAUAAGGACAAACAAAUGGUUUUUGCAAAGGCCCUCGUGAAUAAUUAGAUUUUAUUGUCAUGUUGUAAUUUCCGACUUUUAGUUUAUUUUUGAUAUCUUUUGAAAUAAAAUGUAAUCAAAAUA